AUGUUUGGAUCUGUCUGCACCGGUCGACCAGUACAAUUUGCGACGCAAGUUGAAGCCAACAAAUGGGUGAUAGCCAUAGAAAGUGCCCAGAACGUCUCACAUGUGGCGAUUUUUUUCGUUCCUAAUGCCACUUUUGACCCCAAUUGCACCGCAUUGGUUUAUUUUCAAACGCCAGGAUCCACGGAAUUCAAGUUGCUCGGAGGAUUGAACACGGCCAAACCUUCCGCAAUCUACAAGCUAAACAAUAGCACCUCGGCUACUUACCAAGUGGAUGAUUCAGCAAUGAUGGACGAUACUCCAGAAGCGGAUCCCGCCGCCGUUAUCAACGUGGGAAUCUCUAUAGAACCCACUCCAGUUGCCGAGCAACAAUUGCAAAUGGCGAGAAAGUCAGGACCACCCGGAGUCAAUUCUGGGCUGACAAGUACCACCAGUAGUGCAUUGGUGGUACUGACCCCGGCUGGCAUCCCUACACCAUCGAUCGCCGAGAUGGCCAAGAAAAUUGUGGGAAACGCAUACAAUUACUUGGGCAGUUUUGUUGAUGCGUCUGGAAACGUGCCAAUGAAGGCGUUCGAUACGUGGUGGACCAAAUUUCAGGGAAAAUUGGAACGCAAUCCGUCGUUUCUCAAUGAGUUGCAAGACUAA